AGGCAGCCAGCCGCCCACCUCCCCUCUUGAGGAAGCAGGGGGGGUGGGGGAGGCGGGGAGAAGACUGCAGCAGCCGCUUCGCUUCCCAAAGUCCCCCCAAGAGCCCCGGUUCAAACCAGGCGCCGCAGCUGGGCCGGGCGAGACGUGCCGCGCCUCACGCAGAGCCGCCCCCUUUUCAGUAGCUGGGCCGCUCCGCCCUCCUCGCUUUGGGGCUGUUGCUGUUCCUGCAGCGGCUCAGUUUGGAGAGGCGGGCCCUGGCCGGAGACACAGCCGAGGAGGUGGAGGUGGUGGUGAGUACGGGCUGGAGGGGACGACGAGGACGGAGGACGGUCCUGCGCUCCAUGCCCCCCCCCCCGCCCCAGUUGCUUUCUCCUUCCCACCAGCCUUCCUGCAGACGGUAUCAUCCUGGGAUCCUAAUGAAUCUGUUCCACUUUACUACGAGAAGGCUAGUUUCUCAAGUAUAUUGCGGACUUAAACCUACUUCUUCCAAGAAACAAAGAAUUUGCUUCGAUAUGGCUCGGCCCAGUUCAAAUAUGGCUGAUUUUCGAGAAGCAUUUGCUAAAGCAAAGCAUAUAGCUAUCAUUACGGGGGCUGGUGUAAGUGCAGAGAGCGGCGUUCCAACCUUCCGAGGUGCAGGAGGAUAUUGGCGGAAAUGGCAGGCUCAGGAACUGGCGACCCCAGAGGCCUUUGCAAGGAACCCUUCUAGGGUGUGGGAAUUCUACCAUUACCGUAGGGAGCUGAUGCUGAGUAAACAUCCCAACCCAGCACACAUUUCCAUAGCAGAAUGUGAGGCCAGGCUAAGCAAGCAAGGCAGAAGUGUUGUGGUCAUCACGCAGAACAUUGAUGAACUCCACAGGAAAGCUGGGACAAAGCAUCUCUUAGAAAUUCACGGCAGUUUAUUCAAAACCCGAUGCACCAGUUGUGGAAAUGUGACAGAAAAUUAUAAGAGUCCAAUUUGUCCUGCUUUGGCUGGAAAAGGCGCUCCAGAUCCUGAAGUCAAAGAUGCUGGGAUUCCUGUGGAAGAUCUUCCUCGGUGUGAAAACUGCAAUGGCCUCUUGCGCCCUCAUGUUGUAUGGUUUGGAGAAACUUUGGAUUCUGACAUCCUUACAGCUGUUGAAAAAGAGCUUGAAACGUGUGACCUGUGUUUGGUGGUUGGAACCUCUUCUAUCGUGUAUCCCGCUGCUAUGUUUGCUCCUCAGGUGUCUGCCAGAGGAGUGCCAGUUGCAGAAUUCAAUAUGGAAAGCACCCCAGCUACAGAUCAGUUCAGUUUCCAUUUUGCAGGUCCCUGUGGUACCACAUUGCCCCCAGCGCUUGCGCGCCAUGAAACUGAGAUCAUCUCUUGAACAUUCAUCACAAGCACGUAGGAAAAGAAUCUGAUUGCUUAACUCACCAAGGUGCAAAUACAAGACCAACAUGGAAUGUAUCGAAAAAGCUUUGUGAAUACUUGGGAAACUGGAUCAGAGGAGGAUUGCAAAUCUUGAUUCUCAGCUUGAUUAUGAGAAUGAAUAAAAGAACAGAUUUAUUAUGGACACUGGCAUUUGAAAAGCUAUUAUGUUUUGUUGUGCUGAACUGUGUAAAAUGCCAGCAUAAAAACACGAUCAGUUCAAAGCAUUGUAUAUGGGUGACAGCAAAUUGUUUGUGCUUCCAUGUAGAUUGUAUGUUCAAUUAAUCAAAAACAGGGACAUUGCCUUUACAGUUUAUACUUUACAACUAUAUGGUUCACAAAGUAAAACAGUUGUAAAAUUCUUGGAAAAUGUAAGGGUGAGUAGCCCAAUAUGGCAAAAUUACAGCUUCUGUACCUUACACUCCAGUAUUUUUUUCAAGAACUCAAUAAAACAAAUUCUUUAUUCUU